AUGGAGGCCGCACCUGCGCUCGAUGGACACCCGUCCGCACCGACCGCGACGGCGCGAGUCGCGGUUGUAGGCGCGGGAAUCUCGGGGCUCGUCGCCGCGUCGAUACUCGCGGAGCGCGGGGCACACGUGUUGGUGUUUGAUUUGGGGAGGGGUCCUGGCGGUCGCAUGUCGCAGCGGAGGGAAAGCAUCACCGUUCCGCCACGUGUCAGUUCCGCCGAGUCAGCCGUCGACCUGCCGAACCUAGAGGCCAGGUUCGACCACGGCGCGCAGUACUUCACUAUCAACGACCCGAACGUGCUGACGUUCCUGGAGCAGCGGUUCGGGGGAACGGGAACGGGGGCGCUGGCGGAGUGGAAGGGACGGUUUGGUACGUGGGACGCGGAGAAAGGGAAAUUUAUCCCGGAGGAGGGAGAGGACGCGGGAAAAGUGCAAGAAGAGGGUAACUUCGGGAUCAAGAAGCGGUUUGUGGGUGUACCAGGAAUGAAUGCCCUCUGUCAGACGCUGCUUCUCCCCUCACCCAUGGCUUCCGCGGUAAACGUCAACGUUAGAUUCGGCGUCCAGGUGGCACGAGCGAAUUUGCUAGAGCACAAAAACCCUGCAGGUGUAUCUGAUGUAGACCAAGGCACCCCUCUCUCUCCGUCUUGGGAGCUUUUCUCGUCUUCCGGAGAUUCCCUAGGUUGCUUCGACGGCCUGGUAAUUGCUGCGGCAUACAGAACCAUGCCUGUGGUCCUCCCUGACCUGCCGAGCCUAGCUCAGGUUCGGCAGGGUCUGGCGGAGGUCCGGGCGUCGCCCAGGUUUGCGAUGAUGCUGGCGUUUGCCGAGCCUCUCAGCCACGUGGCGUUUGACGGGGUGGAUGUGGUGGGGAGUGACGUGGUGGGUUGGAUUGGGCGGGACAGCAGCAAGCCGGGCAGGGUAAGGAGAGAAGAAGGAGGGUACCAUGAGGAGCAGUAUGCAGAGUGUUGGGUGGUUCACUCCACGGCUCAUUACGCCUCCUCCCUCCUCGCCUCUGCUCCCCCCGGCCGCCCCUCCCCGGAGCUCCUUGCACGCGUGGCAGAUGACAUGUGGCGCGCUGUCAAGCCGGUACUGCUAGGUGGCAGUGGGAGGGGAGGUGGUCAGAGUGUGGGAGGAGUGGAGGGGGGAGAAGGUUUAGAGCCGGUUUUGAGGAAAGUGCACCGGUGGGGAGGGGCGUUUCCUGUAGCGGGGGUGGCUGCAGCAGGGGAAAAGUGUCUGUGGAGCGAGGGGGGCAGGGUGGCAGCGUGUGGGGAUUUCUGUGUGGGAGGGCCUGUGAGAGGGUUGGUGGAAGGCGCUGUGGCUAGCGGCAUGGAGGCGGGGCGGAAGCUAGUGGGGGGGCUGGUGGAAAGCGCUGUGAUUAGUGGCAUGGAGGUGGGGCGGAAGCUGGGCGAUGCUCUUCGGCUGAGAAGAAGUGCUCUCCCCACCGUGCAAGCAGCACUAGGCAGCCACGCCCCUGCCCCCGCCCUUCACAUGCUGGCCGCGCAGGGCCUUCUCACGAGGCAGAGGUUGCCCGAGUCAGCUUUUGAGGCGCCUGAAAAACCACCUGUGGUCGCGCAGGGUCUUUUCUCAGAAGAGAAGAUGCCCGAGUUGACUCAGGCGUCAGCAGUGCAGAUGCUGCGUGGCGAGGGGGUUGAAGCAGGGUCCAUGGGAGAGGGCGAGCUGGCACGUCUAGUGGCUCAAGGGGGCAGGCGCGAGGCGGAAGUGCUAGGGGGAGUGGAGAGUGGAAUGGAAGAAGCAGCCUCCUGGCCAGGCAUGGAAGCGCGGUUCCCCGUGCUGUCUGCGCUGAUCAGGUUCGAGGAGAGGUUCGGCAUUGGCUCGAGCUCGUGGGAGGAGGUUCGGGCGCUGGGGUUGUGGGAGAGAGCAGCAUUGGAGAUUCUGGCCGAGGCUCGGGCCGGGCCGCAGAGGUUCAGAGGGGAGAUGGCUCGGCCGUACCACAGGGUGCUGAUGGCUCUGGUGCUGAGAGGAUGGGAUGAUGAAAUUGCUCAGGUGCGGGCAUGGAUGCAGCAGGACGGAGUGCCUUUAGCGCCCAGCUUCCCCGCACUGCUCGCCCGCCUGCGCCACGUGGGCCAGUCAACGCCCCCUGCUGCGUCCCACGUGCCUCUGCUCUCCAUGCUCACCAACAGCCCUGCUGUUCCCAAGGCUAACGCGUGUUUUUCAAGGUUGUCUGCUGACAAGGCUAAGGAGUUCUCUAAGAAGUUCUCUCUUCGGCUGCACAACACCUGGGACGAGCAAUGGCCCGACAUUAUCAGCAUUGCACUACUUAUUGUGGAGAACUCCCGCGCUAAGACUACAGCUGAAGCGGUUCCUGAUAAUACUGCUGGUAGCGCUGAUCCUGCAAGCAAGACACCGGGGAAACUGUCAGAUCUGACCAAGGCUUUGCCUACGGAAGCGGAAGUGACUGCAGGCAGCUCGGGGCUGUCUAUCGAAGAGAAGCUGAAAGCGAUGGCAACUGUUGUGCCUGACGAGUCUUUUAUCGAAGAUGACUCUGAUGAGGAGCUGGAGUUUGACGCAACAAAGGACAGCGUCUCUCGUCUCCGCUUCACAGCCAUUCUGCUUCUGCCGGUCAUUCUCUCGCAGGAAAUCAAAUCGGUCAUCCUUACCGUGCGAACGUUAAUGAAGCGGGUUUGCUCUCGCAUAGAUCGCGCGCUCAUCUCGCAAUCGCUGCUCUCGCACUUAGAACUUGCCUCGCACAUCAUGCCGGCUGACCCCAUCUCUGACCAUAGCUUUGCAGUCAGGGUGGCCUUUCGGAUGAAGACGAAAGUUCAGGCUGGUCCAGGGCUAUGGCGCCUGCCUGCUCACAUGGUUGGGAAGCCGGGGGUACGGAAGAUUAUUGAGGUGGUGGAAACUCAGGCUGCGAAGCAUGGUGACUCCUUCGAGCUGCUGAUUUCCCGUCUUAACGCCGGACUUAAGGCAUAUGCGAAGGAAGAAAGAAAGCGUAUCCGGGCGACGAUACAGCACCUUCAAUGCGUGGUGGCAUCCUUAAAGCAGGCCUGGAUGCGGGACCCGAGCUGUGACAGAACUAAGAAGCUGCUGGAUGAGCGGGAGCUCCAACUUAAAAGUUACCAACAGGUGCGGCAGGAACGACUUCAUGAGAUGGCUGGGCUGGAGGCGGAGGUUAAGGGAGAAGUUGCCUUCACAUUUGGGGCCGACAAGCAAAGGACGGUGUCAGAUUGGUCUCCAGAGGCUGCCAAGACCUUGUCCCAGGCUGCCGUUGUGUCACUUGAAGCGGAUUGGUCGGAGGAUGAGGUGAAGCGUGCCUUCCGAUCGUUGGCGAACAAUAAAGCCCCCGGGAAGGACGGGCUUCCGAAGGAGCUGUUCGAGGCGCACUGGGACGUGUUGGGGAAGCAUUUCAUGAAGCUGGUUGCAGACUUCUCGGAGUCCGCGGUGCUCCCCACGAGUGCGAAGGACGCCGUUACUAUCCUGCUUCACAAAAAAGGGGGGAGAGAUCAGAUUGAGAACUACAGGCCGAUCACUCUACUCAGCUCCGUCUACAAGGUGCUGGCGUGGGUCGUGGCUGACAGGAUUAAAAAAGUGCUGCAUGAGGUGAUAUCGACGGAGCAAUAUGGGUUCUUACCGGGCAGGCGUCUUUCAGAUGCGGUCGGCCUGGUAGCUGAUGUCAUCGAAGCCGCUAAGCAUAAAGAUGAAGACUGGUACAUCUUGCUCGUCGAUUUUAAGAAGGCCUUCGAUUCCGUCUCGAGAAGUUUCUUGUUUGGUGUUUUGGAGAAAAUGGGCUUUCCCCACCGCUCCAUUCGCUGGAUACAGGGCCUGCAUGAAAACACCACGACGAGCCUGUUAAUCAAUGGUUGGAUGGGCGACGCUGUGGAGGUAGUGUCUGGAGUAAGGCAGGGGUGUCCGCUAGCCCCGUACCUGUUUCUGUGCGCAGUGGAGCCGUUGGCGCAGGAUGCGGCGAGUCGGAAUUUGGGGCUCACAGGAGAAGGGCGUCGUCUGGCGUAUCUGGGAUAUGCUGACGACACCACCCUGCUUCUGGAAGGGGAUGCUCAGAUUGAGGAGGCUGAAAAACUCUUGGAAAAAUUCGAGGGGGACUCGGGCUUGGCUACCAACAAGGGGAAGUCGGUAGUCCUGCCACUGGGGAAGAACCUGAACAAGCAGCCGUGGAAAACGGAUGGCUUUAAGUGGGCGAAAGCAGAUGAUGCGGAGCGUCUGCUGGGUGUGUGGGUGACCCCAGCUGGAAGCUGUGAGCCAACGUGGGAGAGGGCCUUCGCGCAGAUUAAGGAGAAGCUAAUACUGUGGGAAGCGCAGCACCUCACAACCGGGGCGAGAGCAGCUGUCAUUAACUGCUAUAUCUCACCGAUAGUCUUCUUUCAGGCGCAAGUAUAUCCUCCACCGGUGGGGAUCUGGGGGAGAAUCAUCAAGCUGGUGCAUAAUUUCAUGUCUGGGAACAAGGCCUCUACCGAUAAGGGCUUCAUCCUAUAG